ACACAUAUAGGAUAUUAAUGUCGAUACUGCUUCUCCUAUACAUUUGUAAUAUUGCGUGAGCAAUAUUUAAGUCAGUUGAAAGAAAACGAUAGUACAAUACAAUUGUUCUCGUCAGUUUGCUUGUUAGCUUUGAGCGAUUAUAGGCAUGACUUGAGAAGCAGAAAAUAGUUCAAUAUUUGUAACAUUUUAUUAUGCUGGAUUUUUACAUGGUUAAUUCCUAAAUGAAUGAGAUAUAUACAUAAUAUUACACCACUUGCGUUUAUAUCAUUACCAGCGGAAUAGUUUUCGGGAAUGCCUUGAUUAAUGUGUUGUGAGAAUAUCACAGUUUGAAUGUAAAUAUCGUAUCAGUCAACCCGUUAUCGCAAGAGGAAAAGCGGACGUCCUUUGUUUGCAUGUGUAUAGAUACUCAGUUUUACGGCGGUGUGAAAUCGAAGCCGCGUGACAUUCAAUAAUCGGAUUUUAUCAAGUAUAGACGCAGUUACGGAAAUGGCGAAAAGGCGAAAUAAGAACAAAGUUAAACUGCGUUUUGCAGGAUUAAAUAGAAACGUCCAUGGUGAAGUUACAGAGAAAAUGUUCAGAAAGGAUGUAAAUACUAAGCUGAAGAUGAAAAGCGUACGUAGUAAAGUUAAUGACCCCAGAGAAAAGGUGCAAGUUACGGAAAAAAGUAUAUUAACUGAUAGUGUCCCGGAAAAUAAAAAUAACAAACAAGAGACAGCGGAAACUGAACAGGAAGAAAAACUUAACACAGGAGGAAGAAAAACAAGCAAAAAUACAUCAAAAAGGCAGCAAAAAUCCUCCGGGUGUUUCGGGAAGCAUCUGGACGGAACAGCGACUUCUGACGAGAUGCUUAUAUGUCCUACAGAAAUUGACGGUGAAACAUGUAUAGAAAUUCAGUGUGGUAAUAAUGAAGCUCAUUUGUACCUUUCUAAACUUUGUUUAGGUAGCAAAGGGGCUUGCAUACAUUACGCCGACUCUUGGUUGACACCGAAUGAAUUUCAAACUGUAAGUGGGCGCGAGACGGCGAAAGAUUGGAAAAGGUCUAUACGGCAUAAAGGAAGAAGCUUAAAGAUGCUCAUAUCAAAGGGACUAAUUACUGCUCACAACGUUUCUUUAAAAAAGACAAAAGACGAUCUUGUGGAAAAUCUCCGUGAGGAAAUAGACUCAAAGGCAAAAUCUCCCAAGAACGAAAUCCAAAUUGAAGCAGCGAAAGAUGAAAAAGUCGAAGUCGUCGUCGGCGGAAUUAAUGUCACCCUUGAAAAAAAGAAAAUGCUGGAUACUAAAGCAAUCUCCAAGAAGAGAGGUCGGAAGUAUAAAAAGCUGAAACAAAAAAAUGCACCUGCGAAAAUAAAGACGCCGCAUGAAAAGAUGGAGAUAACAGACAACAGUGAAACCUCAUCUUCGGAAAUUCUGAGCAGUCUAGACCAAACACGUGUAGACGAAACGAAAUUAAGUUCAGAGAUCUGCGACAAAAACAGAGAUGAUAAACCAGAGACGACAUCGACGCCGUUGGAAGACACACAGACAAAAGAAGACCAACGUUUAGAUGAAUUUGUAAAAUCCUUGAGAUUGACAAAGGCUGUCGCACCCAAGUUAGCAUCGGGUCUGUCUUCCUCCGCAAAGGUCAAAGACAUACCGGAAAGUAUCGAAGAUGAAGAACCAGAAAUGCCGGUGCUGCAGAAGGAAGCAGCCAUCCUCCCGACUAUUCAAGGUACACGCGGAAAUGAGCAGCUAGUUGUCAAUGUCAACGUAGACACUUUCCAUGCGAGUGUAACACCGCCGCCAACUCCUCCUGCAGGUGGGAUUAUAAUUGACAGGAAAACAGAUGAUGAAAAACUAAUAGAAACGUUCAAGUCUCGCCUGGCGUCGCCUAGUAAUGGACUGAAGUUGACAAUCAACAGAGAAAAAGUAAAAGUCAUGGACGCCGAAAAUAAAGAUUGUGAAAAUAUAUCUUCAUCAGAUGUUGAUACAGGACAAAACUAUACAAAGACUAAUAUACAGUCAGUGUUACUUCAGGAUGCUCUCCUGUCUGCAAAAAAGUACAAGGAAAAAUUGAAGCAAAAUACUCCGCCUUCUAAUCUUAGCAUUCAGGUACUACAAAUGAAUGUGAAACCUGGAGACAGCAAUACCAUCGACAGUCCGUUACCGCCAAGUAUUCCGUCGACUCAAAGAGGAGCAUCUAAUAAUAAACGGCAACUCCAAGUGCAGAAGCAAGUCAAUUACAACAUACACAGAGAUCAGGAUAGCACGCGACGUAUUUCUCAGCCAAAAACAAACCAUCCUUACAGUGUACCAAACAAUGUGCCAUCAGUGCCAUCAAUGGAAGACAUGGAUAAUUUAGCAGGAAUGUCCUUUCAAGAAUUCCUAGACGUCAUGUCUUCAAUAUAUGGACCACUUCCGUUUCCGGUCGAUACAAAAGACGCUGCCUUUGCAGCCCUACAAGAAAUGAACCGAAGGCAUGAUAUGCUUCGUCUUAUAACACAAGGUUACGCUGAUGGUUCUUCGUCUUCGUUUUUCUACCCAGUCAUGACACAGCAGAUCUUACUAGCAAUGACUCAGCAGUUGUAUAACUUGUGCAAUAUACCAGGUUGGUUGUCGUCGACGAAACCAUCUAAGGUAUAUCCUAAACUACAAACAUCAGAAAUCAAGCAUAAACAAACUCCACCAGCAUUUGAUAUCCCGAAUCAUAGAAUACUAGUACCACAGGCGCAAGGUAUCCAAUAUCAAAAUGAUAUGCUACUGCAAGAAAUUCAACAUCGGCGCACCAUUCAUUCGCAAGAAGUUCAGAAAAGGCGUAUAUCGCCAUUCAGCACAGUCAUGUCGCUGAAAAAACGAAAACAAUCGGAAGCGGCGACUGAUUGUGCAUUAGAUUUGUCGGUUAAGAGACAAAGAGUUGACUCUGCUUCUUCUUCAAAGCUAAAAAAUGUGAGCGACGUCAAUGGCUAUGAUGCGCCUUUAGAUUUUUCUAUGAAAAAGACAAAAUGUCGCGAUCAGUGCCAUAACAAGGAACUCGGUAACACGACUUCUGUAAUAAAUGGUUCGGUCAAAACGGACGUGAAUUUUGACCGACAAGUGUCAGUCUGCACAAAUGCUGUUCAGAAGUCGAGUUUUAUAAUGUGCACGUGUGACAGUCCGAGGGAUGAGGACAUCACCAGCUGGAGUGUGGAACGUGUGUGCUACUUUCUAAGGGAUCUUGAUGGAUGCGCACCAUAUGCAAAGACAUUCCAUGAACAAGGAAUCAGUGGACGACUCCUUCCUUAUCUUACUACGCAACAUUUAACAAGAACUCUCGGAAUGAAAGUCGGACCGGCGAUUACACUCAUGCAAGCAGUUGAACGGAAGUUCAAAGAACGAACUAUAAUGCCAUCUUCAUCACCUUGUCAGCUCUGCAGGAAACAUUAGCACUCUAAUAUUGUUUGCUGGAAACAUUAGCACUCUAAUAUUGUUUGCUGGAAACAUUAGCACUCUUAUAUUGUUUGCUGGAAACAUUAGCACUCUUAUAUUGUUUGCUGGAUACAUUAGCACUCUAAUACUGUUUGCUGGAAACAUUAGCACUCUUAUAUUGUUUGCUGGAUACAUUAGCAUUCUAAUAUGUUUUGCUGGAAACAUUAGCACUUUUAUAUUGUUUGCUGGAUACAUUAUAGCACUCUAUUAUGUUUUGCUGGAUAAAUUAGCACUCUAAUCUUGUCUGUUCAGUACAUUAGAACUCUAAUGUUCUCUGUUGCAUCUAGUAUUUCUUGUUAAAAUCAAUUAUACAUCAAAUCAUUUAUAUGUCAUACCGUAUUGUAUGUGUCUACAUACAGGUUAUAUAAUUUAAUUACAAAUGAAAUCCAGCGAUACCAAAAUUGUGAUACUAUUACGUAAAUUGUUAUGUUUCAUAUUUAAGAGAAUGAUGUGCUUUCUUGAUGCUUUCAAAGUAAUUGUAUUUUUAAAGAUAUUGACCACUGGGGGUCACAACCACACCUUCUUAUAUGACACCAGUACUGGUUCUUCCAGGAAAUGAACUCGAGAGUCGUUCAAAUAAGUUUGAAGCUUUCAUAACAAUCGAGCUGAAAUAAAUUAGCAUAAACUAAAAAUACAAAUCACAUUCUGCAAAUGUUACAUUUUGUGAGGUAUUUCAACAAAAGGCAUAUAUACUAGUCCUAAUUUAUUUUCGUGGAAGUGCUCUCUCUCUGACUGUAUGAUAUUGAGUGUCGUGCAGAAACUUGGCAUUAUGUUUAUAUCGGCUAUAUCGAAGUUCACAUUUUGACACAUAUGCUACUUUACACCUAUUUUUGGUCGGUAAAAUAAAAAAAAAUGUUUUAUUAUGUAUUUCAAACAUCUAAAAAUAUGUUGUCACAACCAUUUAGAUGUGCAAUCUAUUAUGUAAAAUUGACGCCAAUUUUAAAACGGCGUCUGUUACAAGUACAUUUUUUAUGAAGAUUAUCUUUGAUCCCAAAGAAUAAUCAUUAUUGUAACAAAUUAGUUUUACCUUUUCCAUGAAAAAUGGAAUAUGAAAGUUCCCUAGACAGAACGUUCAGCUUCCAUAUAUAAAGGAAGAAAUGAAGAUAGGUGGCAUAAUUCUGCUUGUUUUAUUAGCCCACCAUCAUCAGAUGGUGGGCUAUUCAAAUCACUCUGCGUCCGUGGUCCGUCGUCCUUCCGUCCGUUAACAAUUUCUCGUUAUCGCAUCUCCUCAGAAACUACCAGGGGGAUUUUGACCAAACUUUGUGAGAAUGGUGUAUUGGUACCCUAGUUAUGUCCCUCUGAAAAUCAGACUGGUUCAACAAUUUUUAGUGAGUUAUGGCCCUUUGUUUAUUUCUAUAAUUUACAUAGAUUUAUAUAGGGGAAAACUUUGAAAAUCUUCUUGGCCAAAACCACAGAGCCUAUGGCUUUGAUAUUUGGUAUGAAGCAUCAUCUAGUGGUCCUCUACCAAGAAGAUUCAAUUUAUUUCCAUGGGGUCUAAUAUGGCCCCGCCCCGGGGGUCACAUGGUUUAUAUAGACUUAUAUAGGGAAAAACUUCGAAAAACCUCUUGUCCAAAACCACUGGGCCUAGGGCUUUGAUAUUUUGUAUGUGACGUCAUUUAGUGGUCUUCGACUAAGAUUGUUCAAAUUAUCCCCCUAGGGUAAAAUAUGGCCCAGCCCCGGGGGUCACAUGGUUUACAUAGACUUAUAUAGGGGAAAACUUUGAAAAUAUUCUUGUCCAAACCACAAAGCCUAGGGCUUUGAUAUUUGUAAUGAAGCAUCAUCUAGUGGUUCUCUACCAAGUUUGUUCAAAUUAUCCCCCUAGGGUCAAAUAUGGCCCCGCCCUGGGGGCCACAUGGUUCAUAUAGACUUGUAUAGGGAAAAGCUUUUAAAAUCUUCUUGUCAAUAAUCUACAAUAUUCAAAUUUGGACCACAUGUAUGGUUUUGAGUGGCAAGAUGAACAUUGACAUGAGUUGACCUUUAUUUUGACCUAGUGACCUACUUUCACGUUUCUGUAGCUACAGCCUUCAAAUUUGGACCACAUGCAUAGUUUUGUGCACCGAAAAAAUCUUUGACCUUGAUAUUGACCUAGUGACCUACUUUCACAUUUUUGAAGGUACAGGCUUCAAAUUUGGACCACAUGCCUAGUUCUGUGUUCCAAAACAAAAGUUGACCUUGAUUUUGACCUAGUGACCUACUUUCACAUUUCUCAAGCUAAAGCCUUCAAAUUUGGACCACAUGCAUAGUUUUGUGUACCAAAACAAACUUUGACCUUGACAUUGACCUAGUGACCUACUUCACAUUUCUGAAGGUACAGGCUUCAAAUUUGGACCACAUGCAUAGUUUUGUGUACCGAAACAAACUUUGACCUUGACAUUGACCUAGUGACCUACUUCACAUUUCUGAAGGUACAGGCUACAAAUUUGGACCACAUGCAUAGUUCUGUGUUCCGAAAUAAAAUUUGACCUUGAUUUUGACCUAGUGACCUACUUUUACAUUUCUCAAGCUACAGCCUUCAAAUUUGGACCACUUGCAUAGUUUUGUGUACAGAAAUGAACUUUGAUCUUGAGAUUGACCUAGUGACCUACUUUCACAUUUCUGUAGCUACAGGCUUCAAAUUUAGACCACAUGCAUAGGAUUGUGUACCGAAAAAAACUUUGACCUUGACAUUGACCUAGUACCUACUUUCACAUUUUUGAAGGUACAGGCUUCAAAUUUGGACCACAUGCAAUAAUUUGUGUUCUGAAGUGAAAUUUGACCUUGGUUUUGACCUGGUGACCUACUUUCUCAUUUCUCAAGCUACAGCCUUCAAAUUUAGACCACUUGCAUAGUUUUGUGUACCGAAAUAAACUUUGACCUUAAGAUUGACCUAGUGACCUACUUUCAAAUUUCUCAAACUACAGCCUUCAAACUUGAUGUACAUGCAUAGUUUUGUGUACAAAGAACUUUGUCAUUGAAAUUGAUCUAGUGACCUGCUUUCACAUUUCUCAAGAUACAGCUUUCAAAUUUGGACCACGUGCAUGGACCACAUGCACAGUGAUGUGUAUGGAAAUGAAAAUUGACCUUGAGCUAGUCAAUAAGUCCUGAAAUUUGGAACACUCAAAAAUGGCACAUUGGUGGGUGCCAAGAUCACUCUGUGAUCUCUUGUGUUUCUAGUUUAGCAUUACAUUUUGGUAAAAUAUAAAUUGCUUGGAAAUUUGUUCUUCAUUCAUUUUUAAUGAUAAAUCUAGUUUUCCGUAGGUAUAAUUUUACAACCGAACGGAAAGCUGUUCCUCCGAAGGUAAGAGAGUAGAACAUAGGUGUAACAGAAUGAAUGAUUUAUCUAUAUAUUUUUGUACCCCCCGACAACAAAGUUGUAAGGGGGGUAUACUGGUUUCAGGUUGUCUGUCUGUCCGUCCGUCCGUCCGUCUGUCUGUGCCCGCGAAAUGAUGGUUAAGUGACUGCAUAACGGUACUUUCUCUUUGAUGUCAUUCAUUCCGUUCUGUUUAUGUGACUAUUUUUCUUUUUAUGUGACUGUUAGAACAAUAGAGAGAACAAUGGGGGAGUCACAUAAAGACCGUUUCGUUAGAACGUCCGUCUGUCUGUCCGUAGACACAAUCUUGUGCGCACCAACUCUCCUCAUCCCAUUGACACAAUUUAAUGAAACUUCACACAAGUGUUCAGUAACAACUGUAGUUGUGCAUGGUGCAUGUUAGGUUCUUUCAGAAAAAAAAUUGCAGAGUAACGGGACUUUGAUUUUUGUUACUAUACUAUAUACAUACAGUCUGCAUAUGCAAUCUUGUGCGCACCAACUCUCCUCAUCCCCUUGGCACAAUUUAAUAAAUCUUCACAAAAGUGAUCAGUAACAACAAUAGUUGUGCAUGAUGCAUGUUAGGUUCUUUCAGAAUUUGUUAUUUGCAGAGUUAUGGGACUUUGUUUUUUGUUACUAUACUAUAUACAUAGACACAAUCUUGUGCGCACCAACUCUCCUCAUCCCCUUGACACAAUUUAAUGAAACUUCACACAAGUGAUCAGUAACUACAGUAGUUGUGCAUGAUGCACGUUAGGUUCUUUCAGAAUUUUUUUUUGCAGAGUUACGGGACUUUUUGUUAAUGUACUAUAUACAUACAGUAUGCAGUAUUGUGCGCGCAUAAUCUCCUGAACCCAUGCACACAAUUUAAUGAAACUUAACACAAGUGAUCAGUAGUAACCCUAGUUGUGCAUGGUGCAUGUUAGGUUCUUUCAGAAAAAAAUUCUGCACAGUUAUGGGACUUUGUUUUUUGUUAAUGUACUAUAUACAUACAGUCUGCAUAUGCAAUCUUGUGCGAGCCUAAUCUCCCGAACCCUUGCACAAAAUUUUAUGAAACUUUAUACAAGUGAUCAGUACUAACCCUACUUGUGCAUGGUCAUGUUAUGUUCUUUUAGAUAAAUAUUCUGCAGAGUUAUGGGACUUUGUUUUUUGUUACUAUACUAUAUACGUAGGGUCUUUAUACUUACAGUCCACAUAAUUAUGCAGUCUUGUGUGCGUCAAAUUGCAAUGUACUGUGUCAGUGCGUGGGGGUACAUUCAUCACCUUCAGUGAUAGCCUGAUAGAUCUAGUUUGUUUUAAUUGUUCCUGAUGAAGGUCAUUUUCUUACUACAGAAAAUAUAUUGAUUGUCAUAAAAAGUGGUCACUUAUGAAUCACAGGAAAUGUGCAGUUGUAACCAGUCGCGUUUAUAAAUGUGAAAGACCAUGAAAAUAAAUCGAGAGUAUGACGAGCAAGGUUAUUAAAGAUGUAAAAAUGAAUCUGCAGCAAAUUCCUAGUUGCAGGUGUGUCUUAUUGUCAAAAAAGAAUGUUUUUAUGUACAAUUGUUAUUUUUUGUGGAAUAUCUAUCAUUUUUCUAUGAUAGCUCAUUAUCAUUAUCAAAUAUUGAUGCAUUUUUAAUGCUGGUCAACUAAAUACUAUAUAAGGUCUGUGACAUAGUUUUAAAAGGGAUUUGUUUUCGUUCGAAUGUUGAGUCGGUGCCGUUGCUGUUCGGAGCAGUCACGAGAGUGAUCACGAGAAAUGCAUGUGUAGAAAUAAUUAAGUUAAAAUCAGAAAAAAAUAUUACAAAGUUGAAGGACUACUUAGAAAACGAAAUAAAUAUAUUUACAGUGUAUACAGUGUAUACAUUACAUUACUGCAAAUUUCUAUUUUGAGGAGUCUAUGAGAAUAGCUAUAUAUAGCGGAACAUUUGUGAUUUCUGAGCGAUUCGAAGACUGUUGGCUAGUAUCGCAUGGUCCGCACAGAAACAACAAUAUAUUAUUUUAGGAGAAACAAUCAGUGUAUACACAUCAUGGAGGAUUAAAGUUUCAGAAAUUUCAAUGAGAUGUUAAUGGAUCUAGUAGCAUUUUAAUUCGUGUGUACUUCAGAUUGUAUCUCUCAUGUAACAUUCAUUCAUGUAACUUAUAACAAAAUUGAGCAUAUAGUGAUAGCAAUUACAUUUGCAGUUGUGUUUAUGUUUGAAAAAUGCUUAAGAAAUAUGAGCGUGUUAUUAUUAAAUUAAUCAAUUUGUGCUACAAAACUAGUAUUUGUAACUGUGUCGAACAAAAAGCAUGCUAAGAUUCGUCAGAGAGCAAUCGCUCAUGUAAAUUGUAGUUAGAAUUACUCGAGUUGGUAGUAAAUUUCCUUAUAUAUAAUAAAAUAACCAUGUUUAUUACGCUGCCCGAAAAGUUUCGUUGGUGGUGGCGGGGCAUUUAGUUGCCGCCAUGUCCUGUCCGUGUGCCCGCUCGUUUGUCCGUUCUGUUCCGACAGGGAUCAAAGGAUCUGGUCCAAAGUAUCAGAAAUCAUUCCUUAUUGACUAGUUUAGGAGCUGUGGACAUAAUGUCAGAUUUCGGAACGCAUUCCGAUUUCGCAUCAUUGAGUUCCUAUAUAACACAAUGUUAAACAGUAUGCAAUAUUAUACAUAGAAAUAAAAAGAGAUGUUUAAUCUGUAUGAUA